UUAACCACCAUGACACCUGCCAGCCCCACCCAGGAAGAUUCUAUGGACCAGGCCUAGGGUGGUGGGCCCACAUUCCAUUGGCCAGCACCAGCCACCUGGUCACACGAAGCUGCAGGGAAGGCUGGGAAGAGCUGUCUACCCUUGUGUCCAGCGGGUGAGCAGUUCACUCUGCAGUGCCUUUUGUGAUCAGGAAUCUGUCAGUCUGCCCUUAGGACAGGAAAUCAGAAAGCAGCCCUGGACAGGGCCAAGGACCAUGCCAGGUGAGUUUAAGGGUGAGUUGGCCUGACAGGUAGCUCUACCCUGUGGCAGCCAGCAAGGACAGGAGCUAGACCUGCAUGAGCAGGCUGAGGUAGGGGUGAGGGGAAGGGGCUGUGGGAGGGGCCUUUAUUCUCUCACCCUUGAUACCUUGCCCAACCCCAGAGAUGGACCCCUGGACUAAGGUCUGGCCUGAGUCCGACCCAACCAGGAGGGCCCUAGAGUCCCCAAGUAUAGCAAUCCCCAAACCAGUUGUCCCCUGAAGCCCCCUCUUGAGAAAGCAGCCCUGGCAGGUCUGCAUAGCUCACACGCACCCGGCAUGAUCACAUGCUCACACACACCACAUGGGUACUCCUGGCUCACAAGGGAGGCCUGUGUGCACUGUUCUCACGGGUGCACACGCACCCUUCUCAUAAGUACACCUCUGACACGCAUACUUGAGAACACUGCGUGCAUAUCUGUGCCCACUGCCAGUCUGUCCACCCUGGCACUUCCAGGGCCUGGGCCAGAGAAAGGACUGAUUUCAGCACCUUUUUACCCCCAGCUCAGGCUCAGAGCUAGACCUACCCCAAAAAGGAAUAUCCCUGGGGAGUCCCAGAGCCCCAUGAGGCCAUUCACACUCAUGGACUGUGGGCUUCCCCGCUGGAGCCCUCAGCCCCCUGCCAGACUUUCCCCAUCUGUCCUGACUCCAGUGGACCUCCCUUACCUGGGCAGCAGCAAAGUGUGGGAGAAUGACCAGGUGAAGGCAGCCCUGGGCCUGGCCGUGACCCUCCAGUGCAGAUACUCAGCACCGUGUCAUCCCAGCCAGUUACCGGCAUCCACUUCCCGGGAAAGGCGGCUUCCCAUCCCUCUGGGGCACUGAGUCAGCCACGAACUGGAAGGCUCUCUGGAGGAAUAGCCCAGAUCCUUCCCCUGGCUUUCUCCUGGUUAGCACCACCCUGAUGAGAAAGCUGAUCCUUCACCCAACUGCUUCUGAACCGGAGGUGAACAGUUCCCUCCUGAGUCCCUGGGCAAGAACAAAGAGGAGACAGCCAUGGGGCUGCAGCUCAGAGAGCCUGGUUCUAGCCGAGCCAGGUCUGCUUCCUCAGCUCCUCCACGCCAGCCCCACUGCCACAGUGGUAUUCAGUAGGCCGCCCCCAGCACUGGAGGCCUCCCUCAAAGUGCAGAAGUGAGAGGGAGGAGCUUGCUGCAGAGCCUUAAUUCUUCUAGAAGCUGAGGCGUGUGCUUCCCGGACAGGUUGUCUCUGGGCAGGCCCUGUGGACAGAGGGUGAAAAGAGACUUCAUGGGCUGUGACCUGUGCUGUCACAGUGCCCGGCAGUCAGAGGGGCCUUUGCCUGGCUUAAAGCUUUGCUGUUGGCAGUCUCGGACUUCUUAGUACUUUGGGAACAAGGGUCCACAAUUUCAUUUUGCACGGAUUCCCCACAGAUUACGUUGUCCAGGGAGGGAAUCUGGCUGGAGGUAAAGGUUAUUUUCUUAGGGCCUUGGAGGCAGAGACUGCCUCUCUGGAGUGUGAACAGGUCACCAGGAAGCCACUUCCUCAUGUUGGUGCCAGAAGUCCCACCAUUAGGCUAAACCUAACCGACUCAGAAGCAAGCAAACACCGCAGACUCGCUAGCCUGCUGCUUGGGUCCUGACACUCCUGGAAGAAAGGGCUGGCGGGUAUGCCCCAGGGGGUGGACCCAGGGCCCUGAAACUCUGGACUUGGAUUUGCUGUCUUCCCCAAGAGUAGGAGCAAGCCCUGCCCUGGUGGUGUUUGUCCCAGUCUCCUCAUCCUUCCGCACACGGGGACUGGCUCUCAGGGAGUCCCAAGUCCCUUCCCUAUGGAUAGGCUUUUGCCAAAAGUCAUGGUGCCAGGAAGCAGCCCUGGUGCUCUGAGCCCUCUCCUCCCCUCCCUUCUGAGUCCGCCCCUCACAGGCUCCCACGUGGUUCUCUGCUUUUCCUCCCCCACACUCACAGCAGCCCCUAGGAGGAGAAAUACGGCGCUGGCCUCUCAUGCCCCUCCCCCCCAGCCCAGGGCCACACUUGGCUGGUACCCUGCCUGCUGCCAGCAGGAGCUCCAGCCUUUUGGGCAAUAAGGAGGACCCUGGCAAGGUCUGGCUCCAGAAUGAGGAAGGGGAUGCAGGAGACAGAACUGCAGAGGCUGUUGAGCCGGCCCCAGGGACCUUGGUACGGCGAUGGCACCAGGGACAAGGACCCAGACAACGACCGCACAUGUGCCUCCCGCAGCCGCAUUAACGCCCAGGACUCCAGAGGCAACUUUUUCCGAGAUGGGAAAACCAAAAUCGACUUCGUGCUUGUGUGGGAGGAGAAGCUGCGACCCCCGCGGCGGGCCGGCCGGCAGCGACUCCUGCAGCGGCGCUGGCGGGCUAAGUUCCAGCGGAACCUGCGCGCAGCGGGGCUGCUCCUCGAGGAGGAGCAUAGCCAAACGGAGCGCGGCGCCCGCUCGGUGCACUUCGCCAAGCUGAGCGCGCCCUGGGAAUUGCUGGUGUUCUACGCCGAGGAACUGAGCCUGCGCGCGCCGCUGCAGGCCAGGCCCAACCCCGACUCGGAUGGCUCUGCGGAACUGCUGCGGCGCCUGCGCCUGCCGAACCCUCUGCAACAGCACGUGCCUAACAAGCCUUUGGACUUCUACACGUGCUCCUUCCGCCGCUCCAAAAUGGACAGAUUUCUGGGCAGUGAUUCCCACGACUCCUACUUCUCCAACACGCAGAGGCACCAAGUGGUGGCAGAGAUCCUGGCCCGCACAGUCUAUGGGAAGCGGAAACAUGCAGAAAUGGGCAUUGCCCGCCUGCUGGCCGAGGGCGUCUUCACUGCAGCCUUCCCACUGCAUGAGGGCCCCUUUGAACUGCCUGGGUACCAGGUGCCUGGUGCAGAUCUGAACCCUCGCCAAUUGCUGUACUCAUACUGGGCUUGCUGGGGACGCUGGCACAAGUACCAGCCCCUGGACCACAUACGAGAGUACUUUGGGGAGAAGGUGGCCAUCUAUUUUGCCUGGCUAGGCUUCUACACAGCUUGGCUGCUGCCUGCCGCCCUAGUGGGCACUCUGAUCUUUAUCUCUGGGCUUGUCACUAUGGGCACCAAUACCCCAGCAGAGGAGAUCUGUGCCAGUGGAGGUGCCUUCCUCAUGUGCCCGCUCUGCAAUACCUGUGCCACAUGGAAUAUUUCCGAGAUCUGCCCCAUGGCCAAGCUGGGCUACCUCUUUGACCACCCAGGAACUGUGUUCUUCAGCAUCUUCAUGUCCUUCUGGGCCAUGGCUUUCCUGGAGCACUGGAAGCGCAAGAGCGCCACGCUGGCCCACCACUGGGACUGCAGUGACUUCCGGGAUGAGGAGGAGUGCCCACGUCCAGAGUUUGCUACCCUGGCCCCGCAGAUGGCCUGGAACCCAGUGACGGGCCUGAAGGAGCCCUACUUCCCACUUCGCAACCGCCUUCCUCGCCUACUCACUGGCUCUGCAGCCAUCCUUAUCAUGCUCUGUGUAGUGAUGAUUUUCCUGGUUUCCGUCAUCAUGUACCGUGGCAUCAUCAGCAUUGCAAUGUUCCACACUGGAAACCCCAUGCUCAUGACCCAGGCUGGCAACAUUGCCAACAUCAGCAGCACUGUACUCAACCUGGUAUUGAUCCUCCUUUUGGGCCAGGUCUACACCUCAUUAGCUGAGCAGCUCACUAGAUGGGAGAUGCAUAGAACCCAGAGUCUCCACGAGGAUGCCUUCACUUUCAAAGUCUUCAUUUUCCAGUUUGUCAACUUCUACUCCUCUCCCUUCUAUGUGGCAUUCUUCAAAGGCAGGUUUGUGGGAUACCCUGGUCGGUAUGGCACAUUGCUUGGCAUGCGGAAUGAGGACUGUGGCCCCGGUGGCUGCCUCAUCGAGCUCGCCCAGCAGCUCUUCAUCAUCAUGGUGGGCAAGCAGCUGGUCAGCAACGUGGAGGAGUUCGUCGUGCCGAAGCUGAAGGCCUGGUGGCAGAAGCGGCAGCUGGCAGAGCUGCGGGCUGUCCAGGUGGGACAGGAGCUGCAGCGCUGGGAGGAGGACUAUGAGCUCCUUGAGUGCGAGGGCCUGUUCCAGGAAUACCUGGAGAUGGUGCUGCAGUUCGGGUUCAUCACCAUCUUUGUGGCUGCUUUCCCUCUGGCGCCCCUGUUCGCGCUGCUUAACAACUGGGUGGAGAUCCGCCUAGACGCCCACAAGUUCUUCUUGUGCAAUUACCGGCGGCCUGUGGCCCAGCGGGCGCAGGGCAUCGGGAUCUGGCUGCUCCUCCUCGAGGCCAUGGCACACCUCUCCGUCAUUGUGAACGCUUUCCUCAUCGCCUUCACCUCGGACUUUCUGCCGCGUGUCCUGUACCAGUACGAACACCACAACCAACUGCACGGCUUUGUCAACUUCACGCUGGCGCCCGCGCCCCCCGCCUACCUGGCCCAGGGCAACCACACACCCUGCAGGUACAAGGCCUUUCGCGACGCGCAGGGGAACCUCACCCUUUUCUACUGGAAGCUACUGGCUGUGCGUCUGAGCUUCAUUAUCGCCUUCGAGCACGUGGUGUUCUUCUUUCUGCGCCUCAUCGCCUGGCUCGUGCCCGAUGUGCCUGCCGCCCUGGCUACCAAGAUAAAGCGCGAGCGCUACCUGGCCAAGCAGGCGCUGGCAGACAACCGGGAGGUGCUGCUUUCAGUCUGCAAGGCUCAUGGACCCUGGUCCCACCCCCACCAAAAUGACUACGUCCCUUGAUCCUUCUUAACGCUUUAGCUCGGCACUCUAGCCCCGCCCCCUUGUUUGGCCUUGUCUGGAGCAGAGGUUGGCGGAGGCGGAACUCCUGUACUUUCCGCUUGGUCCUACCUCCUCAUCAAGUUCCGCCCACACCACGCCCUCUUUACAUUUACGCCUGCUGGAGUGGGCUCCUCUGUUCUGGAGGGGCUGCCUUAUCAAGCCAUGCUGCUUGUCCAAGGCAGCAGUGUCGCCUUUCCCAGAGCCCAGAACUCGGGGGCCUGAGAAGCACGACUUCCCAAGACCCUAGGUCACCCAGGAUUCUCCUUUGGUUGAGGUCCUCUGGCUCCCACAAGGGGUCUCUUAGUCCCUUGGCCAAUGGCCCCAAAGCCUGCUGGGAGUUGCAAUAAGAGGGUCGGAGUUUUUUGGAGAGCCCUAGUUCUACGUUGCUGCUCUCUCCCUGUUCCUUCCUUGGCUCCUACCCACUUAAUGCUGACAAUAAACCUGUCUCUGUGACCCAACGUGCCACCUGUCCUCUCCACCUGGUCCCCACCCACCCUGUGCAGUGUCUCCUCUUUAUUUGAUUGUGCUCUGGGUUGAGGGGGCAAAGUGGAUAUAAGGCAGCAGAUGGACCCUAAUUGCUGU